AUGCGUCUUUCCAUCGACCUAGUGCGGCGCGCGCCGCAGUUCACAAAUACGCUGCUGCAGCGCGAGAUUGACCUGCGCGGCUUGCGCAUCUCCUCUCUCGAUGAGCACGUCCUGGUGCUGCUGGACAACAGCUUUGAUGUGGUGAAUCUGUCAUCGAACGCGUUGACGGCCUUGGAGUACUUCCCAACGAAGAGCACGGGAGGGGGCAAAAGUGUAACUAUGGACCGCGUGACGUCGUUAAUCGCGCAUCGAAAUGACAUUCAACGCGUCAGUGUGGCGUCGUGCGUACUUGCCCUCCCCAACGUGCGGCACUUCGUCGCCGACCGCAACCGCUUCAGCGCCGUCCAGGACCUGAGCUUUCUCAAGCAGUGGAAGAAGUUAGAAGUGCUGUCCCUCGAGGAGAAUCCGGUGUGGGCGGAAAACAGCAUCAAUUACGACGACGCCAAGCUUCGGGCCUUCCUGCUGUUUCUGUGUCCUCACUUAAAGCUUAUCAACUACCAGCGCGUCACGAAGGCGGAUCGCGAGUGUCUACAGGAGAAUAAAAAGGAGUUUAAAGAGCUGAUGGCCAGCUGGGAGGCGUCACCUUUCCGCUCCGCAGCUGCGGCGACCUCGUCCGCGGUGACCAUGGACGGCAAGAAGCUGCGCAAACGAGGGCGAGAGGGCCGUGCCGCCGCCGCCGCCGCCGGCGUUUUGAAUCCACCCGAGACGGUGGUGGCGAGCGCUUUAGCGGUUGAGGCGGCCGCCGAUGGUGCGGGAGCAGCCGCAGGUGACGGCGAUGACGAUGACGCGCUGCAGGCCCGCCUGGAUCAGCUUGAGGAGCGCCUCCUAGCUGACGACGUGACGACGGAGGAGAUCGCGCAGUUGGAGGAGGAGAUGACGGAGAUCUCCACCAAGAUGGCGGCCGCGCGUAAGCGGAAGCGCCAUUAG